CUCAUCAAACUCAUCAACUAGCUGUAUCACGUACUACUGUGAAAACAGAUCUCAGAGAGUGAGAGAUCAGCUGAGAGAGUAGAGCAGGGAAGCUGAUAUGGCUAUGGGAAGAGGCAGUGCAACGGCGGUGCUCGUGGUGUUUGUGUUGGUGGUGCUGAGUUCGGAGUGGGCCGAUGCGGCGACCUACACUGUUGGAGACAGAGGUGGUUGGACCUUCAACGUUGCUGCGUGGCCGAGAGGAAAGACUUUCCGAGCCGGUGACAUACUUGUUUUCAACUAUGCAUCUGCCGCUCACAAUGUGGUAGCUGUGAACAAAGUGGGGUACCAGAAAUGUAGUACAACUCCAGGAAAUGCCAAAGUGUAUCAAACUGGGAAAGAUCGCAUCAGACUUGCGAAAGGACAGAACUUCUUCAUCUGUAGUUUCCCUGGACACUGCCAAUCUGGCAUGAAAGUUGCCGUUACUGCAACCUAGAGAUCGAUGAUGAUCUGGAAGUUAAAGCUAGAGCUAAGCUAACACUAUAUCUAUCUGGCCUAUACUAGCUAGGCUUCAAUAUUAUCGAUCAUCUCCUACGUAUAUUAAUAUAUCCACUCUAUGUACUAGCUUGCUAGCUAAGCUGGAUCAGUUGUUAAGGGUCAAUAUAUAGACUCGAUGUCUCCGUCAAUACUAUUGUGGAGGAAGAAAUAACAUUGGGGAGACUUAAUAUGUAAUUUAAAGAAAUGGUCUCUUUUAGUGUUUUGUGGUCCAUAUA